CUCUUGUUUGGCUUCCAGCCAGUCUGUCUCUCUGUCUGCCACCUUUUACUUCCACCCGCCUUGUUUUGUCCUUUUUUCUUUUCCUUUUUUUUUUCUUUCUCUUUGUGUCCCUGAGCACGAAAUGCAAAGACCAGGAGCCAACUCAACCUCUCACCAGCUCACUUCGCGUUCAUUGCGGUCUCAAGCUGCUCGACCUGCACCAGAUAACCCCUCGUCCGAGUCCAGAAAUAUCAUCACCAGCACCCUUCACGUCGCCGUUGUAUCCGCCUCGCAAGCGAUCUCUCAGUCUGACACAGUGCUUGCUGCCCACUGGGACAACAUCCGCACCGCGUUUAUUGCCUCUGGUAUCACGACGCCCUUUGCCGAUUGGAUAACGCAGGCCUUUGGCAAUCACAACCUCCUCACUAUCGUGCGCGCUGCUUUUGCGACACGGUGGCGUCAAGUCGAAGACUCGGGUUCCCGUGAGGUCAGUCGAAGGAGGUCCGCAGCCAAGCGCCUCGGUCUCGACGGGAUCUGGGAGCUUUACCUGUGGUUCGGUGCAUCAGUCCAGUCCCAGCGUUGUUGGAGGCUUCUUCCUGCAGGUUUGGAAAUUUCGGCUCGUCAAUUCUUCGUCGAGCUCUGCCGCGUUCGUGCGCAGCAACCUUUGGGAAAGCAGAAACACCACCUGGAAAAGCCGUUUGGUCCCCGGGAAUUCGAGCUCGCCUGUUGCGCUCUAACUGACCGAGUCACGAUUCGGGAACUCGAGACACGGGACGACCAAGACAAGCAAGACAAUCGCAACCAGCGUCGAGUUGUGAGACAACAUCGAGUCGAGGAGGAUCGUCAAUUCGAGAUGCAGCAAGCCGAACAAGGACAAGAACGACCCGGCGAGCAAAGAGAAACCAGCAAGACAGGACGUUGUCAGGAUAAAACACAGCACGACGACUCUGGAUAUUUCGAGGACUCUCUGGACAGCGAAAGCGAGGAGCGAGACAACGAACAAGACGACCCUGGAUCUUUCGGCGUCUCUGACAACAUCGGCAUGGGUUCACAAGUAUCAUCAGGUGCUUCGAACGUCACAGAGUCUCCCCAAGAGCCACCGACAGACAUGAAUGAUGCCCAGAUGAACGAGAUAGCUCAGAGACUUUCAGUUGCCAAGUCGAAGCUGGCCGAAGUUCAGGACGAUUGUGCCGCCAAGAAGUCGCAGUGGGAGGAGGUGGCCAACUCGGGGACCUCCGCAAUGCACAAAUACAAGAUGCAGAUCGAUGCUCGCGUCAGUUCAAUCAUGGAAGAAGACGUAGAGGAUCCCGACAAGGGAUCUAGCGAGGACGAAAGCGCCAGAGGUCUUGGGGAUUUGGAACGAGACCUCAAAGCGGCUGUCUCCAGGAAACGAAAAGCCUCGCGCCAGAUCGAGAGUCUGACUACCAAGUCGCAAAGGCUGAUGGAAAGCGAGGAGACCAUGCUGGCGCUAUUCAAGAAGGCGGUGGAGGAGCAUUUGGGAAGGAUGCAGCAAGAACAGGAAACAAUUGUUGGGCCUGGAGCAGACCAGUGAUGAUUCUGCAACACUACAGGAUAUCCGGAUGGAGGAUGGAAAAAAGGACGAUUUCAUCGUGUGUUAAAGUGUGAGAUGGUCCGCUCGGGAAAUUGACCGCGACCUGGUUUGAUCAGUACCUAGGCGCUCAUGGACAAACAGAGAGCUGAGGCCGCGGUUGAGGGACUACAACCUUGGCAAACAGUCUCAACACCGGCCUUGCCUGUAUUUACAGUAAACAAGCUACUAAUUAUUAGUCGGACC